AUGGGGUCAACUGACACAUCCUCGUUGAGCAAUAUUCGCAAAGUCCUCAUCGCCAACAGAGGCGAGAUUGCUGUUCGAUGCAUCAAGGCUUGUAGGGAACUGCGAGUCCACAGCAUCGCCAUCUUCACAAAUGCCGACGCAACUUCACUACACACAACGUUAGCAGAUGAAGCAGUUCUGCUACCGGGAGAAGAUGGCACUGCCUACACUGACGGUGAGGCCAUCCUGGCCAUUUGCAAACAGACAGGUGCAGAUGCUGUCAUCCCUGGAUACGGCUUCUUGAGUGAGAAUGCCGAAUUCGCCGAUGCUGUUUCCUCCGCCGGCAUCAUUUUUGUCGGCCCAUCUUCAGCGUCCAUCAAGGCUAUGGGCUUGAAGCAUGAAGCUAGGGGCAUUGCUGAGGCCGCUCGUGUACCCGUUGUCCCGGGCACGCAACUUCUGGCAUCUGCCGCAGACGCCACACAAGCUGCUAGAAAGCUGGGCUUUCCCGUAAUGCUCAAGGCGACUGGUGGAGGUGGCGGCAUGGGACUCCAAGUGUGUCAGACAGAAGCCGAUGUUGAUAAGGCAUUUGCCAUGGUAGAGAGCCGUGCGAGCACUCUCUUCAAAAACAGCGGUGUUUUCUUGGAAAAGUACUACCCGCGCUCUCGUCACAUCGAGGUACAAGUCGCAGGAAACGGGGACAUUGUCGUUGCUUUCGGAGAGAGAGAAUGCUCACUGCAACGGAGGCACCAAAAGGUAAUCGAGGAGUGUCCAAGUCCGUUUGUAGAACGACACACCGGCCUCCGGGAGAAAAUGGCCGAGGCUGCUGUCAACUAUGCAUCCCAGCUCAAAUAUAAGAGCGUAGGAACUGUCGAGUUUCUUGUCGACGAUGAAACAGCCGACUUUUUCUUCCUUGAAAUGAACACGAGGCUGCAGGUUGAACAUGGAAUUACCGAAUUGUGCUACGGGGUAGAUUUAGUACAUCUCAUGUUGCGGCAAGCCGAUUACGAAUGUGGCGGCCACCUAGGAAUUCCCUCUGAGGUGCUAUCGAGUCUGAAGAGAUCAUCUCCUCUGGGUUCUGCCAUUGAGGCUCGAGUCUAUGCUGAGGUGCCUCUGCGAGACUUUGCACCUAGCCCUGGCUUCUUGCAGCUCGUCCGCUGGCCCCAGGGGGAUGGAGUUCGCGUUGACACAUGGGUCCAGCAGGGUCAGCGAAUCACGUCUCUCUACGAUCCCCUGAUUGGAAAGAUUAUGGUUCAUAGCCCUGAAGGUCGUGCUGCAGCUCAAACGAAGAUGCUUGCGACACUUGUCAAUACUACCCUCCAGGGAACGCAAUCCAACUUGGAGUAUUUGACAAAGGUCGUGGCUUCCGAGACGUUCACCAGCGGAAGUACACUGACGAAUUCACUGGCGUCCUUCAAGUUUGAAAGCUGCUCGCUCCAGGUCUUGGAUCCGGGCGUCUUCACCACAGUUCAGGACUACCCAGGUCGCAUCGCAGUGGGACACGGAGUGCCGCCGGGUGGUCCCAUGGAUGAUGUCAGCGCUCGUGUAGCAAAUAUCCUGGUUGGAAAUGAUGUAGGCGUUGAGUUGUUGGAAAUCACACUGGCGGGACCGGAGCUGUUGUUUCACGAAGCAGCAGUCGUCGCCAUCUGCGGCGCUCAGCUUCCUGUUACUCUGGAUCGCCAGCCUCAACCAAUGUGGUCAAGGUUUGUCGUCGAGAAGAGUCAAACACUCAAACUGGGGAAGGUCGCAGGAAAUGGCACCAGAACAUAUCUCGCCAUUAAGGGCGGAUUUCCACAAAUUCCCAAGUUUCUCGAUUCCAAAUCCACUGCCCCUGAGCUUGGCUUUGGCGGCGUCCAGGGGAGAAAAUUGCAAACACACGAUAUCAUCGCCCUCUCCCCAGAAUCUGCGGCAUGGACUGCUGAAGCAGCUCCGUUUUCCCUGCCAUCAGAGGCUAUACCAGACUUUGCAAUCACACGAGUCUGCUGUAUCGAUGGUCCAUUCGGUUCCGACGAUAUACUAACCCCCGAAGGCCGCAAAACAUUGUACGAAGCCGAAUGGGCUGUCAGCCAUAACAGCGGCCGAAGCGGUGUUCGUCUGGACGGGCCGCGAUUAAAAUGGGCACGCACUUCUGGUGGCGGUGGCGGAUCUCAUCCAUCCAACGUGUUCGACUAUGGUUAUCCUAAUGGUGGUGUCAACUUUACGGGCGAGUCGCCCAUAGUCUUUGCCCAUGACCGUCCUGAUCUGGGAGGAUUCGCUUGUCCAACUACGGUCUGCUCGGCCGAGAUGUGGAAGGUUGGCCAGCUCAAGACUGGCAAUAAAAUACAAUUCCGCUCCAUCUCCUAUGACAAGGCCCUCCAGAUUGCGAAAAACAAGGAGAAGUACUUCGAGGCUCUUACAGCAUGUGCGGGGGGAAAUGUCUGCCAAAUCCCGUCGCUCGAUGUUCAUACUGAAGACGAACCCCCAUGCUCCAUACUGCACCAAACGGCACCUUCGGGGAGUCAUCCUCGAGUGACGUACCGUCAAGGCGGCGACACGAGUAUCAUUGUCGAGUAUGGUGAUCAGUUGCCAGACCUUCGAAACACAACGUGCGUCCAGCUUCUUGCCAAAGGGCUGUCGGCAGCAAGCCUGGAUGGCGUGCGUGGUGAUCCCAACUUUGCGACGCUGACGGUACGGUUCGAUCCUCUCCGGAUUGAGCGAUCCAGUCUUCUGGAGAAGCUUGUCCAAUAUGAUAGCCAGAUUGGAGAGACCACAGGCAUCAAGAUACCCGCUCGGGAGAUAAGACUUCCGGUUUGCCUAGACCACUCUUUGCUUCGGGAGUCUGCCCAGCGAUACAUGGACAGCAUUCGACCCACAGCUGCCUACAUGCCCGACAACAUAGAGUAUCUACGCAAAAACAAUGCUCUAAAACACCGUACAGAUGUCUUUGACUCCAUCCUCAAAGCACCAUGGCUCACCGUGGCUGUGGGGUUCUAUGUUGGAACGCCCAUCAUGUUCCCGCUUGAUCCCUGGCGCGUCUUGACAGGCCAGAAGUACAACCCCAGCCGAGUCUACACACCCAGCGGCUCAGUCGGUCUCGGUGGCUCGUUGGUAGCCAUUUAUCCUGUAGCUGCGCCAGGAGGGUACCAGCUCAUGGGUCGUACGCUGGGUGGUUGGAACGCAGCUGGAAACCGCCCAGGCUUUUCGCCAGAACGACCAUGGCUGUUCAACCACUUUGAUCUGGUCAAGUUCUAUGAGGUGUCGGAGGACGAGUAUAAUAAGAUUGAGCGCAACUUUGAGGCCGGCCGCCACAUCUUUGACAUUAGAGAGACAACCAUUGAUAUGGAUGAAUACAUAGCCAAAUUUGACGAGGCAGCCAAAGAUGCCGAGUAUCAAGCUUGGAGAAAGCGCCAGGCUGUGGCAGCAAAGGAAAUGGGAGAACUAGAGCAGACGCUUUUCGAGGAAUGGACGGCGGCAAAGAACGCAAACAAGGAUGAUUUAGCGGCUGAAGUCGAUGACGACGGGUCUGGUAAGAUGGUAUCAGUUGAAGCCCCAGUAGAUGCCAAUGUCUGGAAAGUGCUGGUCAAGCCAGAUGAUGUGCUGGAAAAGGGGCACACGGUGGCUGUGCUUGAGGCAAUGAAGAUGGAGAUUAACCUCGUUGUCAGCGAAGAUCAGGCUGGCGCCAUAGUGACCAAGAUUAGCCAACCUCCAGGAAGCGUAGUCAGCCCAGGAGCAGUUGUGAUUAGAGCCAGAAGGCAAGAUUGA